AUGAAAUUGAAAGUGCUUUGUGUUUGCUUAAUCUUCGUGGCAGUCUGUCACGCAGCCCCUGGAACAACAGAUGAUACAAAACUAGAAAUAUUUUCGGGGGUGGCUAUUGAAAAAGAUGCCACAGGAGAAGAUAAACUAAACGUCAAGUUCGAGCCUGGAGAACUGAGGGAAGCCGCAAGAACAUUUGAAGAAGCACGAGGAAAAAUCAAGAAAUAUGCGCCUCUUCUCGCCGGUAUUGGGGUGAAGGUUGUGGCUGUGUUGGGUCUACUAUUUGGUGCUUUGACCCUGAUGGUGACCAAGGCUCUAGUCGUUGCGAAGUUAGCAUUCCUUGCUGCGGCCGCUUUGGGCAUCCACAAAUACUUCAGUGGAGGAAGUUUGAAUAGCAUAAGCAAGGUAUCAGGAUUCCAAACUGCUCCUCAGCAAUGGUCAGCGCCUUCAGCCGCCGGUGCCUCAUACCCAUAUGCGAGGUCGGUCAAUUCGCAGGAUGCAAACGAUUUAGCUUACAAAGCCCAAAUACCAUCG